GCGGAGCAGCGAGUCCUGCAUCUUGCAGCCCUUCCGCGGGGGCACCCGGCUGCUGCUGGCGCUGUUUGACCUGGACAGGCUCAUCUUGCUCGACACCAGCAACCCGCGCAAGCCCGUGCUGCUCGACCUGUACCAGUUCCCCAAGGGCACAGGCGGUCACGUGGUUCGUGUCUCCCGGAAUGAGAGGCUGCUUGCCCUCGCCACGUACUUCCUGGAGGAGGGAGCUGCGGGACAGAUCCACGCCCCGGGCGACUGCACCAUCCGCUUCCUGCAGCUGGAUGCCCAGGGCAGGCGAUUCAUUCGUGACCCCUGGCCGUACGCCCGCGGACCCACCAUCAACUUCACCGAGAUCGCCCCCGGCAAGGGAGGCUUCCGGACGCAUGGCAUUGCCUUCCUGUAGAUAGUUUGGCUCGAUGGCUCAAGGGGUCAAAGAAAUGUCCAAUCUCUAUUCGUGGUGUAUUGUUGUUUGAGUUACAGUCGUUCGUACGGGUUGUGUUGUCAUACUUUAGAAAUGCCAUGCAUGAGGCAAGCGGGCAGGUGACCCUGUGACAUAUUGCCGUUUGGCCUCAUGCGUGCGGUACAUACUGGUAAUGCAGGUAGUUUUCAUCGCGUACCGUAUUAAGGGGGCUAUGAGGUGGAGUGGUAAUGUCUACACAACCUCCUGCAGCCCUCUCAUAGAUAGUGUUUGUAUCCUUCAAGGCCUGUGUGACAAAUGGCCGCAACAUAGCCUCCAUAGCACCGUACAAAGUGCCGUACAGAUUCCAUAAGGCCUCCGUCCUGAGUUAGGAUGGCGCCAACUCUUACUUCUUAACCAGUGGGUGUUAGGGAGUGUUCAAUGGAGCCGCGAUGCUCUUAUUGCCUGGCAGCAGGUUGGCUGCGAGCGUUCGUAGAUGUGGUGCAUGCGUUGUGUUUUGCAUGCGCUAAAUACAACUUCAUAUCGAACGCACUGUGUUGUGCAUUUCUGUUCUUCGUUUGGGAUUGUUGGCAUCUUUGGCAUCGUUCAUCAUUACUUAGCAGGUGCGUGGUGCACCACCUUCCGUGUGUGAACCACCUUCCAUAACAUGUUGUGAUAGCUGCUAGCUCGCUCUAUGAGCCUCUUGCACAUCCCGUUUGCGUCGGGGAAGGGGCCGGGUUUCCCUGCUUACGUGGGAUACUGAUGGUGUGGUACGGAAAUCGCGGCGUUUAUUCGCGAGUGAUAUGCUUAGGGCGCCUGAACGCGAGGGGAUGUACGUGCAGUAAAACAGCUUGUGCACCAAGCCAGCGGGUUCAAUAGCCUGGUGCUGAAAAGCUUCAGGUGGCCACACAGGCCGUCUAGCAGUGUGACUGGCUUAGGUUUGAUUGGUAAACCUGGUUGGAUGGUGCGUGUGCGACCGUUGCUGUGAUCCAUGGUUUGCCGCUGGAGCGCGGGGAAUUAAUACCGGCUGGUGUGUACUGUACGACAACCCAUUUUGCUG